UCUAUCUAUCAUGUAUUGGACUGUCCAUCUGAAUGGAGGCCCACAGAGAGUCAACCAUGCAGCAGUACUCAUAGGAGACAAAAUUUAUUCAUUUGGAGGAUACUGUUCCGAAAACUACAGCAUCAGGAGACCUAUAGAUGUGCAUGUACUUAACACUGUAAACUUGAGAUGGAAGGUGUUCUUCCCACCCAAGGGUGCAAGGCAGGAUGCUCCCUACCUCCGCUACGGCCACACAGCUGUAGCUUACGGCACCAAGGCUUACAUCUGGGGAGGUCGCAAUGAUGAAGCCGCCUGCAACAAACUUUAUUGCUUCGAUACAGAACGCCUCGAGUGGUCAUGUAUCGGUACACAUGGUGCUCUGCCUGGUGCCAGGGACGGACACUCCGCCUGCAUUAUUGAUAACAGCAUGUACAUUUUUGGAGGCUUUGAGGACGACGAAGAUCGGUUCUCCCAGGACGUUUACAUGUUGGACCUUGAGUCCUUCUGCUGGUCUUACGUCCCCACCAAGGGUGAACCACCUACAUACCGGGACUUCCAUUCAGCGACAGCUGUGGACCAACGAAUGUUUGUGUUUGGGGGUCGUGGAGACCAGAGUGCACCUCACCAUUCGCAGAUGGAGCUCUACUGUAAUAACAUUGUGUACCUGGACGUGAAGACGCGCACCUGGCGCAAACCUGUCACGUCCGGUGAUGUCCCAAUCGGUCGACGCAGCCAUUCUGCAGUUGUGUAUAAUGGUUACAUCUACAUAUUCGGUGGCUACAACAGUGUGCGAGGCUCCCAUUUCAACGAUCUCUACAGGUUUAAUCCUGUCACUUUUCACUGGCAGAGAAUAUAUCCCCUCGGCCAGCCGCCUUGCAAGCGGAGACGACAGAGCUGUGUCGUCUAUGGUGACAGGUUGUUCCUCUUUGGUGGCACCAGUCCUGUAUCUGGACACGACUACCCUCCCGUACCCGACCUAUACUCGGACAUAGAUCCAGAGUCCAGGCUCACAGACCACGAUGAUCUCCAUAUCCUCGAGUUUGCCCCCUCACUGAGAGUACUAUGUCUGCUGUCUGUGAUAGAACACAAGCUGGACACAGCCUGUCUACCUGAAGUCCUCAAGUGGGAGCUGCACGUUAUGACCACAAACAACACGGUGCAGAGGCUACCCACUACAGGCUGAACUGUCCCGCCGACGGCUUGUACAUAGUGUUUGUUACACUGUCAUCAAUUUACAAAUCGUAAUUACCUGUAAAUUACUUUCAUCGUUUUGUAAUGGGAGUACAAAAACUAUAAUAACAAGAGGCCUGAAAGUUAAAGUUUUGAUUUGAAAAUUGAACACUCUUCAAAGAUCGCUAGAAAUCGAUAACAAACACUUUAGAAACAGAAAUAAAUCUUGGGCUCAUGCAACAGCUGUCGUGACUGUCUUCGAACUUUUCCAGUCACAUCGUGUCAACACGUUUCUGACACAGUUACAGUCUUAUUGCGAGAUAUUUCUCGCUAUGAAAAGUCAAUCUCAGUAAGAGAUGUUCAGUUCCAUCACACUGACAUUGGCUUUUCAUAACGAGUCGGUGGUAUUUCAAGAUUGCGAUUGCAUUAGCAAAGUUUUCGUACGGUGUGAACCGCAACACUUGGAAGAUAGUCUGAACAAACGUUGCGUUACAAAGUAAGUUAUUUUUAAAAUCGCAUUGCUUUGAUUACGAUCACUCUGUUCAAGUCAGAGGAGAUGUAACCAUCAAAUCCAAUUUUAUUUUUAUAAUCACGGUUAGAAUAUUUUUCCUGGCUUCAGCUUUUUUACGGGCCUGUGAUGCUCAUAGUUAGUGUACUCUAGGACAGGGCUAACAAAAGUUCAUUGUUACCGUAUAACUGGAAUGUGAGCGUAUGUUUCGAUUGUCAACCAUUUUAUCAAUUGUAUGCAUGCCAUUUUAUCAAUUAUUUCAUAGAGCACGUAAUGUAUUUUAUAUUCUUGUAUAUAGCUUGUUGAUUAUGUCAUAUUUGUUUGUUUAUAUACUUUUACCAAUCAUUGUCUUAUGAUAUAUGUUUGACAUAAAACAAAAACAUUUUUAUUACCAAGUGAA